CGGCCUCUCAGUUUUCGUCACUUGGUCUCUUGGAAAUGUUCCUCCAGUUUCGGGCGUCGAACGGUUUCUGAUCGCUUUAACUUGUGGCAUCUCUGCAUUCAAGCUGCGCCAGUGCGCGCGCCGUUGUCCUGAUCGGGGGAGGAGUGUCGGACCGCCUUGACUCAAUCGCUCUCAUUCUCUUUGCGGAAUCGACCUCAGAUGCAGGUCAUCUUCGAGUUCGCCUCAAAGCCCACCGCCCAGAGUCUCAGAUUUCGCUGCAGGAGAGGCACUUUCCCCUCAGAAGCAUGUUGGCUUUGUACUCUUCAUUAGAUCGGAAGUUACACUCACAACGCAGUGGGAGUAUAUUUUGGCAUUCAACCGACUUGGGCAUGAAACGAGUUGUUAAGUGCAGUAGUGGAAAUUGAGAAACAAGCAAUCCGAGGCAGCCCCGUGUAACGCCCAAUAAGAUGGUGGUCCCGCUUCAAAAGAAGGGGACGAACCCGCAACGUCCGCAUCGCCUGAGUUCUUGGCGAUCGUAACACUUGACAUUCGAGUAUCGUUGCACAGGAGCCUCUUCGUAUUUCUUGGGUCAUCCUCUAUCCUAUCGUCCACGAUGAAAAGAUUGAAUGGAGUUGGUGAUGGAAAACUAAAUACAACAGUGUCAGACGGUGCACUGCCUGGCUACUUUUCUUCUCUCUGUCUUGUUACAUCCCCAUCCCGGUGUGAUCGCCGGUCCAACUCAGGCACCACUGGACGCGGCUUUAGAACGCGUGCAAAGUAAGGCGCAACUUGC